UUCACUUGCUCUUGCAACAUCUGAUUUUACAGACUGCGAAAUUACUGAGAUUACUGUAGCAUAUGAGUGCAAGACUUCGUCAUGCCUAGGAGAAGCGAGAGGCUGGUAACCGUAGGGUACUAUAACCAGUCCUCUGAUGAAGAGUCUUCCUCCAGCAUCUCCUAUAGGGAGAGCCCCGUCAGGGUUUUCAAUAAGAAGAGAACUGGGGGGCGUAAGGGUGGUUCUUCCCGAUCCAGUCAGGCCAGCGGCACUGUCAGUGCCACCAACGUCACAAAUGAGCGAAACAUCAAUGCUGAUGACAUUGGCUUGGCUCCGACAUUGAGGGCCACCCAGAGAAGGCAGACCUUCCUGUCUCCUUCUAGUGUGGCCCCCAGUGUGGCCCUGGAGCCCAGCCUGAGCUUCUCCAGCAUGAGCUACAGCUCUGGCUACUGCUCUGAAGAGCCACCAAGGCUUAGGACACGCUCCAGCAGGAGCUUCUCUAGUGGCAUCAGCACAAGGACCGGUGCUAGCUGCACCCGUUCAUGGUUGCCUUCCUGGUUGCCUUCCUGGUUUGCCAUCCUGCUCUUCCUCCUCCCCUUUCUUCUGACCUUCGCAGUAUUCCUGUUUUCAACUGCAUUCCCCACCAUGAAAAUGAAUCUGAUGACCCGACCGACUCAACCUGACCCUCGACCUGACCUGACUCAAAAGACUAUGCAUGGAACUCCUACCAUGAAUUCAGCUUUCGAAAUGAAAAUGGAUAGUAUACUGAGAGAGAUUGAAAUGAUGAAACAGAAAGAAAAGCAGCAACGGGACAUUUCCGAGAUGGUGCAAAUAAUGACUAAGGACCUGAGGGACGUGAGGGCCGAGAUUGACGACAUGAGAGUGAGCGUUGACAGUGUGGGCUUUGAGAGUGUGAGUUUUGAUCGUCGCCUGGAUCAGGAAGCUACAGAGUUCAGCAAGCAGUUGGCUGAUCAUCAAGAACACCAAUUCCUUACUAGAGGAAGAGUUAGGGCCCUGGAGGACGUCAGCAACACGCUGCAGCAUCAGGUGACCUCUAUAAAGAACCAGCCUCCUCCCGCUCCGACACCAACCAACACACACCUGACCCCUGAGUUCAAAGAGGCCAUGGGCAAAUGGCUCAGAGAUAGACUAGCCCAGGAUGUGAAACAGGUGGUGAAAGACUACAGUCGUCCACUGGCUGACAAAAUGCCCAACUUCGCCCUCGAGUCCCAAGGUGGCAGCAUUGUGACCAGUCGGUGCUCUGAGACAUAUAAAACCGGUUCGGCCCACGUGAGUUUCCUGGGGAUUCCCCUGUGGUUUCCAUCAGAGAGCCCCCGGACUGUCAUCCAGGGCCAGCGGGUGCAGCCUGGUAAGUGUUGGCGGUUCCACGGGGCCCAGGGCACCAUGACCGUGGCCCUGUCUCACCCUGUCCACGUCACCCACGUUACUGUGGAGCAUAUCUCCGCCGCCAUCUCUGCCACCGGACACAUCAAAAGCGCUCCCAAGGACUUCGCCGUCUACGGCAUGGCUACUGACAGAGAAGAGGGAACCCGGCUUGGGACUUUCAUGUUUAACCAGGCUGGGGAUCCUGUCCAGACAUUUAAACUGCCUAACCUUAACAGUGUGUAUCACUAUGUGGAGCUUCGCAUCCUCAGCAACUGGGGUCACCAGGAAUACACAUGUGUUUAUCGCAUCCGGGUUCACGGCAAGAUGCCUUCUGUGUGAGACAGAUCCGCUGUACCACAACCCAAGAAUAUCUUCUUUUCCAUAAUGGAGUGUAUAUUUAGCAACUAGCAAAGAUAUCAAUCUAAAUAA